AUGGCAGCAGCACAAAGAGUCGCAACCGUCUCCCGCAAGACCAACGAGACCGACAUCCACAUCACCCUCGCCAUGGACCAGGCCGGAGCUCAGUCCAUCGACAUCGACUCUGGCAUCGGAUUCCUCGACCAUAUGUACCACGCAUUGGCAAAGCACUCGGGCUGGUCGCUUUCCUUAAAGUGCAAGGGCGACCUCCACAUUGACGAUCAUCACACCGCCGAGGAUACCGCCAUCGCUCUCGGCAUGGCCUUCAAGCAGGCCCUUGGUGAGCCCCGUGGUAUCAAGCGCUUUGGAUCUGCCUACUGCCCCCUCGACGAGGCAUUAUCGAGGGCGGUCGUGGAUAUUUCAGGACGCCCCUUUGCAGAUAUCAACUUGGGCCUGAAGCGCGAGAUGCUCGGAACCUUGUCCUGUGAGAUGGUCCCCCACGUCAUGGAGUCCUUUGCCCAAGCCGGCGGUAUCACCCUCCACGUCGAUGUCAUCAAGGGUUUCAACGAUCACCACAGGGCGGAGAGUGCGUUCAAGGCGUUGGCAGUGGCGUUGAAGAAUGCGAUUGAGAGGACUGGAACCAACGACGUUCCCAGCACCAAGGGUGUUCUGUAA